CCGUCCUUGCGCGAUGCCUGUGUGCAGGCCCUCAUCCGAUGACUCGCUCCAGUCUCCACGACCGGCCCUCGACUCUUUAAUAAUCUCCCGUGACCGCUGCAUGUGGAAGUCUGUGUUCGCUCUCUCUCUCUCUCUCUGUACUGAUCUCUGUUCCUCCUGUGAACCAACGUCUCCCCCUGUGUGUAUACUUGAUCCCUCACGCUGCCCUUCUUCGUAUCGACUGUCCUCGCAGUCCUCUCCCUCCCCGUCACACCCUCCGCCGCCGUCGCAUUCCGUCCUACCGCUCUUAAUUGAUCUCUAACUCCACCCUCCCUUCUUGAACGAACCAAGCUUUCGAGUCAGGUGGGCGUUGGUGUAAAAGAAGGAGCAUUGAAGACCGUCCAAACAAGUGUGAGCCGAAUGGGUUUGUCGAGAUGGGCCAUUGCAGCGGCGCUGCUUCAACUCGCCUCACUUGCACUUGCUCAUGGUCACGAUGAGGAGCACCAUGAUAUGGAUAUGAAGAAGCCGGAAGCCCCUCAUGACAAUGGAGGAGAGGUCGACCCAUAUGACAUGCCCAGCUAUGCUGGCCUGGGCCAGCACCAGAAUAUGAUAAUGGCACAUGUGGUCCUGAUGGUGUUAGCAUGGUUUUUCAUUCUUCCAAUUGGCGCCAUUUUCAGCAUUGGUCGAUCCAAACUCGCUCUUCCAGUUCAAUUUCUCUUCCUGCUCGUCAACGGCGUUGGGCUGCUGUUUGGGAUUGUGUACAACAUCAACACUCCAGAUUUGUACGUGCACAAUGCCCACCACAGAAUCGGCUGGAUUGCCACCUGGAUCAUGACCGCUCAGGUCAUUGCGAGCCUGUUGUUUGCCUACUCGCGGAGAGGCAAGCAACCCGCAGCUCCAGUCGGGGAGAGGGCAGCGUUCCUCCCAGUUUCAGUUGAGAACAUGGCCCAGCAUAACAGGCGGCCGCCCUAUAAUGCUUACCGCUGGUCCGGCGACAGUGGCCAAGGCACCGAUACUUCCUCGACGCUGCACAGCCGUGACGGUUCUCCAACGGUUGUGGGUCGACGCGACACCUUUGACGACUUCGAGAAGCCUGAGCCCGUGCCAGACUCGGAAGAUGAUGAAGACGUGCAAUUGCCGCAGCAGCCUAGCCGGCAAUCCCGUUGGUUCCGCAUCAGCUUCAUCGACAGAUACCUGUCCGCACGAAUCCCCAAUCUGGUCUCCUCUCAGAUUCUGCGAAUCAUCGAGAUUGUGUACAAUGUGGUUGACAGACUGAUUCUGGUCCUUGGUUUCAUCGCGUUGGUGACCGGAUUCAUCACCUAUUGUGGUCUUUUCAGAGCCAACAACGUCUUCACGGGGCUUGCCCACUUUAUCAAGGGAGGAAUUUUCUUCUGGUACGGUCUGCUCACCCUAGGACGAUGGAUGGGUUGCUUUGCCGAUCUAGGCUGGGCUUGGAAUCUUAAGCCGACCCGCAGCGAAGUCGGCCAAUGGAAGUCGAAAAUCCCCUCGGCUGAAUUCACAGAAUCCUUUGUCAUUUGGCUGUACGGUGCAACCAAUGUCUUCUUGGAGCAUCUUGCUGCUUGGGGUGGCCAGUGGUCGGCGCAGGACUUCGAACAUGUCUCGAUCGCCAUCAUGUUCUUCGGCGGUGGAUUGUGCGGUAUGCUUGUUGAGUCCAGCAUCGUGCGACGAUGUUUGAACACCGUUGUCGACAACAUGCCCGCCCGGACGGACGUCCAUCCUAGCGAAGCGCUGGAACUGCGCGAAACCCCGAAGCAGUACACCACAUCUCUCAACCCUAUGCCCGGCUUGGUCAUCAUCCUCCUCGGAAUCAUGAUGUCCGCGCAUCACCAGGACUCGAUGGUUUCCGCCAACGUACACUCACAAUGGGGCACGCUGCUGGUCGGCUUCGGUGUCGCUCGUAUGUGCACCUACCUAAUCUUGUUCCUCUCUCCACCUAAGUCGGUCUAUCCAACCCGACCCCCUACCGAGCUGGUCGCCUCCUUCUGCUUGAUCAGUGGUGGCAUCAUCUUCAUGGCCAGUGCCCGAGACAUCAUCCACUAUAUGGAGACGACAGGCCUCAUGGCCAUGUUUGUGCUCACUGUCACAUGUGGGUUCACAGCGUUCAUCAUGGCGUAUGAGAUCAUCGUGCUGUCACUCAAGGGCUGGGCCAUGAGGAGGGAAAACAAGGGCGCGGCCCCUAGAUUUUGAGGAUUGAGCCAUGCUCCGUGCAGUGUUUUCCUGGUCUGACUGCGUCGAUCGAAGACCUGCACGUGAUUGUCGAAAGCCGCUCAUCCCCCACCACCCCCAAUCUCAAAGGAGUCGGGAGGACCUCCAAUCACGCACUACACCAGAACCCCCGAGCUUUUUUUACGUUGUACAGCUUCUUACGAUCAUUACCCUACUGGGCGGCUCCUCGCAUCAGACAUAGCCUUGUGGAAGACCGACGCCCGAGUAUAACGACGAUUUACGACACGUCCCGAGUUUUGGAGAGACCUGCCUAAUGAGGAAGCGAAAGGGUGAAACGAAAUGGGAGAGAGGAGGCUCAUCAUUAUGUGAUCUGGAAUUUUUAUUAAAACGCACGAUACCCCCUUUUACAGACGCCGCGCGCCGGUCACGUUCUGCGUCGCUCAGCACUGCCAUAGGCGUCCGCGCAUCCAGUGAUACCCCCCCAAAUCCAUAGAUUAUCGCAGCUAGUGGAUAGCUUGCUUUCUAGCUAGCUAGCUGGUUAUUGUCCAUAGCAGCAGUGGAAACACUGCCCUGGUGUGCUUUGUCCGCAUUCGGGCGAACUACUAGUAUAGUAAUCAAAGAAGAACUAUUGUUACAA